UCGCUCUUUUGGGGGCUUCGAGUUCCUCGAGCCCGUCUAAUUCCUUCUUUCGUGUGAUGUGAGGAGUAGAGAACCAAAAAUGGCGAACCUAGUCUCGCUUGCCCAUACCGCCCUCUGCAGCUACACCUCGCGUCCGAUUAGAGCUUCCUCCAAUGGGGUUCCAUUCUCGAAGCCUAAAUCUGGAGGACCGGCGAUUCUGGAGCUACCUCUUAACAAGAUUCGGCGGCCGCUGAUGCGGACGCGGGCGAACGACCCCGAAAAGGUGAAGGAGCUCAUGGAGAGCAUUAGACAAAUUGGGCUCCAGGAACCUAUUGAUGUGCUGGAGGUGGAUGGAGUUUACUAUGGUUUUUCUGGAUGUCACCGUUUCGAGGCUCAUCAGCGCCUCGGUCUCCCAACAAUUCGCUGUAAAGUCCGACGAGGAACAAAGGAAACAUUAAGGCAUCACAUGCGAUGAACUAGAAUCUGUGGCAAAGCAUCGCUUUUCUCUUUAUUUUUCAAGAUAAGUCAUAAACUACUCCUUCAAUGUACUUGAAUCAUCAAAUCUACAGAUAUUGAUCUACACAAAGCUCAAUGACUGAAAAAAAUCCAUAUUAUUGGCCUCAAAUUGUUGGAAUAUUACAACUUGUUAUUGUUGUAUAUAUCAAUAUUUACAUAGUCAAUCUUUGUGCUACUAUAUU